ACUCACGACCAUGAUGCCACGAAGGCAAACAGAAUCAUCCCAGGAGAGCAUUUUUGCUUCCAUUGGAGCAUUAAUUCGGAAUCGGCUGCGAACAAAAGCCUUAAUAUACGCUGUCUUUUCCGUGUUGUUCAUCAUCUCAUAUCUCUAUCUGAUUCCUCUCACUGUUAGUGAUGUACCUAGCGAGACCGUCACCACCAACUAUCUGAAUGCCGAUGUCUCGAGAAGGGACGCUGUCCGUGCCGCAUUCAAGCAUGCCUGGAACUCUUACGAGAAAGACGCCAUGGGGGCUGACGAAUACCAUCCCAUCAGCCACCGUGGAUCCAACUUUUCAGAAAAUGGAGGGAUAGGAUACACCGUGGUAGAUGCACUCGAUACCAUGCUGAUUAUGGACCUUCACGAUGAGCACGCUCGUGCGCGUCAGUGGAUCCAGGACAAACACUCCUUCGAAAGAGAGAGUAACUUCAACACUUUCGAGACAACCAUUCGUGUUCUGGGAGGACUGUUGUCAGCCUACCAACUCGCCGGCGACGCUCUUUAUUUAGAGAAAGCAGUGGACCUAGCAGACCGCCUUCUUCCUGCAUUCGAUACUCCUACAGGUCUUCCACUGCCUAUGGUUAACCUAGCAAAACGCACUGGUGUCCAGGAUCAGUGGGCACCCGACCAAAUCAGUACAGCAGAAGCUGUAACGCUCCAACUGGAGUUCAAAUACCUUGCUCAAUUGACGAAGAAAAACGUGUAUUGGUCGAAGGUGGAGAACGUUAUGUCUGUUAUCUACAAGUCCUUGCUUCCGCACAGUCUGGUCCCCAUUUUCAUGAGUGCUAGUAAAGGAAAUUUUACUCAAUCUGAUAUCCGUCUUGGAUCCCGGGGCGACUCUUAUUACGAGUAUUUGAUUAAGCAAUACUUACAAACGGAUCGGACGGAGCCUAUAUACAAAAAGAUGUAUGCAGACUCGAUGAAAGGCCUGCAUGACAACUUGGUGCAGAAGACAUCCCGUCGAGGGCUAACGUAUAUCGCUGAACUCAUCCCUCAUCGGUCAAGGGACGGUAGCACAACAUGGGACCUUUCCGCCAAACAGGACCAUCUCGUCUGCUUCCUUGCAGGAUCGCUGAUGCUGGGCGCCACUACCUCAGGAGCAGCCAAGCGCACUGUAUCUAUCCCUCCCCGCCUAAAGGAGCUGACGCCUCAAGGGCAGAGAGAUUGGCAGACCGGCGUGGAUCUUCUGGAGACCUGCAUGGAUACCCAUCGAACGUCGACUGGCCUCUCCCCCGAGAUCGUGAUGUUCCGAACAAACGAGGAGAAGGGAGAAUGGGACCGAGACUGGUAUAUCAAAAAUUCUAGAAAAGGCGGACCAUCAUCCUACGAUGCCCGCUAUAUGCUCCGUCCGGAGACAGUUGAAUCGUUGUUCAUUGCCUGGCGACUGACCGACGACGUUAAAUACCGCCAGUAUGCUUGGAAUAUCUUCUCGGCUAUUGAAAAGCAUUGUCGUCUAGAGGACGGAGGGUAUGCUACGGUCUUGGACGUGGACACAGUUCCUGUUUCGCGGGAAGAUAAGCAAGAGACCUUCUUCCUGAGCGAAACUCUGAAAUAUUUGUACAUGACAUUUUCCGAUUCAAGUGUCAUACCACUGGACAAAUACGUGUUCAACACAGAGGGACAUCCAUUACCGAUUUUCAAGCCUACCGACAUGAAAGCUGCUUUUGUACUAUGAGAGUGCGUUAGAUGAGGCUAUUUAUCUGUUACGAUUCCGUCGAAUUCGUUCUCUCCGUCGCUGUAUAGUAUACUGGUACAUUGGAUCGGCCUUGGUUUGAAGCAAUUGAUUUUGGCCACCCAGACUAAUACAUUCAUCAUCCACCUAUCUAUCUAAAAACUCGUUCUAUGUGGUAUUUUUUGGC